UGAGCCAUACCAUAGUGUUUCCUAGUUAUUUCACUCGUUAGGGAACGACAACCUCAGACGGACAUUUAUCAAUGGAAGAAAACCAGGCUCCGACUACCCCUUCACGCCCUAUCUCUCCUCCACCUUCUUCUUGGAAAUCAACACAGUCGAAGCUUCAAAACCCCAGCACAGAGUCCUCUAGACCAACGCCUCCACCGCCUUCAGUGACUCGGCUAUGGAGACCAGCCGCACAGCGAAACCUCAGGAACCAGUGGACCAAAUUGGCUUCUUACAGACAACAAUGGUCUUCUUCUUCUUCAUCUUCCCUAUCUCAAGCCACUUCUCUCGUCAAUUCCUAUCUCUCCCAAAGGUACAUGAAUGAUAUGGAAUUGGGUGUUCUGAGCGAUAUGCCCAAUAUUAGGAAGAAAGCUUGCUGGAAGUUGCUUAAGCAGCAGGAGCUGCAUCGGAGAAAACUUUUAUCAUUUUACAAGGAUAUGGUGGCUGCUGUAGUGCACGUGGUCAACGCCAGUAGAUCUAUGAGGAGUUUCAUUAAAGGGACUAGUAGUCCGCUUGUGCAAUUUUCUAACUUUUCAGAGGAUAAGAAUGACAAUGGUGAUGGCGGAGGGAUCCCAGUAUUUGCAUUUUGGUCAAUCUCUAAUUUUGAGGAGUUUGCAAAUGAGCUUGUUCAGAUGUUCACAUUGGAAUUAAAUUUGAAGCGGCUUCUUGUAGUGGAGUUGCUCUCCAUCAGUUCUGAAGAAGUUCCGAUUAAUAGUGUGUCUUGGUUAGACGAGCUCUAUCCUGGAGAAUUUGAUGAUUUAUGUAUAUGUGGCUUGUAUUCUAAAGAACUUUUUGAACCAGUUCAUCCAAAGAUAAAGGGUUGGAAAUCUGAUAUGACUGCUGAACAUUCUAAUUGUCAACCAGACCAUGAGGUUUUGCAGAUUUACUUAACAACCUGGCUUGCAGAGGUGAACAUAGAUACAUACAGGAUCGGAUAUCUAAGCAGCAGAUUGGGACCAGUCGUAGAGUUUGAGACCUUUAUGUGGUAGAAAGCUUACAUCUGUCUUAUGACAAACUCUCUGACUGCCUUUUCCUCUUUUCAGUUAGAUUCUCUGUCUAAUCCUUUCUACUUGUGGCAUUCUAGAUGAGGACAUUUGUCUGUUGAUCGCUUACGGUCUUUAGCUCAAUCUCGUAUAUUGGGGUGGAAGAAAUUUUAGCAGUAGUAGGAGAGGAAAUGCAAGUUAGCCUUUCUUAAAGCUGCUUCUCCAGCGCUACUAGCAGGAGAAAUGAAUGACAAAGUCCACUGGAGAUUUUGAUUUUGAUUUUUAUUUUGGUCAAAUCACAUAUAUCACAAUAGAACUCAUUAGCAGAGCUGGGAGGUAAUUUUGAGCAACAUCUCGUACACUAUGUUUGGGAACUCGGGAGAGAAGAGAAAAGAAGAAUGAAUUGUGGUUUCUCUCAUUGUUUGGAUAAAUAGGAGAGGGGGAAAAAAAAAAGAAGAAAAGAUAUUGUUUCUAUCUUAUCUUGUUUGGUUAAAUUAUAUAAAAGAAAAGAAAAUAAAUUGUUUUACGCUACAUUAUCAAAAUAA